GAGAGCGCGAGCGAGCGAGCAGGCGGGAGGCGGAGAGGAGCCGACCGAGCAUUUAAAGCGACAGCCCAGCCUCCCCCUCGCCCAGUGCUGAGCCGCGGGAGGAAGGCAAAGCCAUCGCGGGCGACCGGGAAGCAAGCAGGGAAGCGGGCGGGCGGGCAGGCAGGCGCGCCUCUGGAGCUGGACUUCCCCCGCCCCUGGGGGAAUCCUCGAGCAGCCUGCAGGCAAGGAGGGAGCGCGGAGGCGCCCGGCGGGACCCCUGCCGCCUGGCACUGCUUGCGGCGGGCUGGGCUGGGCUGAGCCGACGAGGGGCGGCGGCGGCAGCAACAUCCUCCCCGGCUCCUGGCGCUGCUGCUGCUGCUCUCCCUCCUGCUCCUCCUCCUCCUUCCUGCUCCUCGUCCCGCUGAGUCCCGAUCAUGCUCCUCCAUCCCAGGAGGCUCCGGCAGCUGCUGACUUGGGUGAAGUUGCCCGGCUGGUGGUGCCUGCUGGUGGAGUUUCUGCUGGCGGCGGCGGGGGCGGCGGCGGCCGCGCAGGGCCAGGAGAUGUACGCGGCGCCGCACUCCAUCCGCCUGGAGGGGGACCUGACGCUGGGGGGGCUCUUCCCGGUGCACGCCAAGGGGCCCGCCGGCCUGCCGUGCGGCGACAUCAAGAAGGAGAACGGCAUCCACCGCCUGGAAGCCAUGCUCUACGCCCUCGACCAGAUCAACAGCGACCCCGAGCUGCUGCCCAACGUCACCCUCGGCGCCCGCAUCCUGGACACCUGCUCCAGGGACACCUACGCGCUGGAGCAGUCGCUCACCUUCGUCCAGGCGCUCAUCCAGAAGGACACCUCCGACGUGCGCUGCACCAACGGCGAGCCGCCCGUCUUCGUCAAGCCCGAGAAAGUGGUGGGGGUCAUCGGCGCCUCGGGCAGCUCCGUCUCCAUCAUGGUCGCCAACAUCCUCAGGCUCUUCCAGGGGACUCCAGCCUGGGGAAAAGAAGCAGGGGGGACCGUGGGGCGAGGAGGACAGAACCACGAAUUCACCUAGAUUUCACAAAACCUUUAGGACGUCUUGUACCCGUUUCUGAGCAACUUCCAAUCUGAAUGCAAGCUUUCCCCAUCCUAAUGGGAUGAUAUAUAAACGAGAACAAAAGUUUCCUGAUUAGGACCAAAGAUCAGGGCGCCUGGUCAUUUUCUCA